CAGGCACCACAUGCGAGUCUUGGAGCGCUCUUGUCAGUCACGGGUUUCCCGCGGAGGAGCAGACGAGAAACGUCGUUAUUUCAUCCUGGUUUCCCCCCUUCGGCAGUUAAGGGCGCGCAAGGACGUGAACAUGUCGACAUGGACUUUGUGAGGCUGCUUGGCACCUUGGUCGCCGUCCUCCUCCACCACGCGUCCGCCGCCAAGAUCAAUGGCCAACGGAUCUGCCGGCGAGGGACCGAGCGCCCGUGCUACAAGGUGUCCUACAUCCAGGACCGCCGGCGUAGGCUGACCUUUCAAGAGGCCAGGCAGACGUGCAGGGCGGACGGCGGCGAGCUGCUCAGCAUCGAAACGGAGAGCGAGCAGCGGCUGAUCGAGAGGUUCAUACAGCAGCUGCACGCCGCCGAUGGGGACUUCUGGAUCGGCCUUCGUCGCAGCCCCCAGCGCUUGAAGGGUGGCGGUGGCAACCCGGGAUGCCCCUCCCAGUACUUCUGGCUGGACGGGAGCAAGGCCAAGUUCAGGAACUGGCACUGGGACGAGCCUUCCUGUGGCGGGGAAAUGUGCGUGGUGCUUUACUACCAGCCGUCUGCACCACCCGAUGAGGAAGGUCACUUCCUGUUCCAGUGGAACGACGACAACUGCAACACCAAGAACAACUACGUCUGCAAGUAUUCUAGAGAAAAGGCACCGGUAUUCACCGAGCAAGGGAACAUAGCACGAGAAGUUCCGACUGUGAGGCCAAACAUAUUCCUCACAACGGCAGGUGAUGAGUCCAAUAAAGUAGGACUGCCUGAGUCAUCAGUGUCCUUCUCAACCAACCCUGUGUACGUUCCCUACAUCCUGUAUGCAACCAUUCCUGCCUUGUUGCUGCUGUUGCUUGCAGUUGCUGGCUUCUUCUGCUACAGACAACAAGCCAAGCGGAAGACGGAGACCAAAAGCCCCAGCGGCCGAGGCAAACCGUGGACGCCCGCGGACACGCCGUCUUGCCCACUUCAAGGACCGUACGCCUUCAGCGACAUCACCCUGCUUUCUCACCUUUCUCCUGACAGCACCCUGCCGGCGGACUACAUCACCAAGUACUGCGCUCCCGCCAAGGACCCCCAGUGGAACGACUAUGAGAACGUCUUGAUAGCGGACAGGGAGAGCGGCUUUGUGAACAACGACAUCUACGAGAGCAGCAGGGCUCAGGGUCGACGCUGCCGCGCUCAGGACGGCUGGGUGGAAAAUGAGAUCUAUGGGUAGGAACUGGUCAGGUAUGUGGCCCGUUGUCAUGACAACACGUGUGGGGCAGGAUUCCUACACGUGGUGGAUGUGGAUUUAUGGUCAACUUAGAGCGCACUCACUUUAGACCAGGCCUGGGCAAUUAUUUUGACUCGGGGGCCACAUUUAGAAAAAAGGAUGUGUUUGGGGCUAUUUUUAGGGACACUAAUACAAAACUUUACAAUAAUGUCUGAUUGAAUUCUAAAAACGUUAUGACGGACCGCAUUAAAAAAUGUAAUGGAAUUUUACAUUCUUCUAUGAAGGAUAAAACACUGAAUAUUGACAAAAUAUGACCGUCACACCCCAUUUCCAUCGACAUAUUUUACGAUCAAGUGAAACGCAACAAACAGUGAAAUAUGAACAAAGGGUACAAAAUAAACCCGCCUACAAUCUGACACAUCUGGUAUAUCACUAAGCUUUAGAACAGGGGUGUCCAAACCUUUUCCACUGAGGGCCGCACACUGAAAAAUCAAAGCAAGCGGGGGCUAUUCUGUUUUUAUUUCAAAAGCCAAUACAAUAUAUGUGUAAAAAUAUACAUUUAGGCCUCCACUCAGGCUUGAUCACAGGGACCCCAAAAGAAUUUGUUCAAAAAUAUAUAUAAAAUGUGGCAUUGUAUUGUAUUAUUGUUAUUCAAGGUUUAAAUCUCUAGAUCAACAUUAGGUCUAUCUGUCAAUAUAAUGUUUUUAAAGACUUAAGUUGUAUGGCUUCACGGUGGCAGAGGGGUUAGUGCGUCUGCCUCACAAAACGAAGGUCCUGCAGUCCUGGGUUCAAAUCCAGACUCGGGAUCUUUCUGUGUGGAGUUUGCAUGUUCUCCCCGUGAAUGCGUGGGUUCCCUCCGGGUACUCCGGCUUCCUCCCACCUCCAAAGACAUGCACCUGGGGAUAGGUUGAUUGGCAACACUAAAUGGUCCCUAGUGUGUGAAUGUUGUCUGUCUAUCUGUGUUGGCCCUGCGAUGAGGUGGCGACUUGUCCAGGGUGUACCCCGCCUUCCGCCCGAUUGUAGCUGAGAUAGGCGCCAGCGCCCCCCGCGACCCCAAAAGGGAAUAAGCGGUAGAAAAAAUGGAUGGAUGGAUGGGUAGGGACUGGUCAGGUAUGUGGCCCGUUGUCAUGACAACACGUGUGGGGCAGGAUUCCUACACGUGGUGGAUGUGGAUUUAUGGUCAACUUAGAGCGCACUCACUUUAUUUAGGCCAGGCCUGGGCAAUUAUUUUGACUCGGAACCCCAUUUAGAAAAAAGGAUGUGUCUGGGGCUAUUUUUAGGGACACUAAUACAAAACUUUACAAUAAUGUCUGAUUGAAUUCUAAAAACGUUAUGAAGGACCGCAUUAAAAAACGUAAUGGAAUUUUACAUACUUCACUGAAUAUUGACAAAAUAUGACCGUCACACCCCCUUUCCAUCGACAUAUUUUACGAUCAAGUGAAACGCAACAAACAGUGAAAUAUGAACAAAGGGUACAAAAUAAACCCGCCUACAAUCUGACACAUCCGGUAUAUCACUAAGCUUUAGAACAGGGGUGUCCAAACCUUUUCCACUGAGGGCCGCACACUGAAAAAUCAAAGCAAGCGGGGGCUAUUCUGUUUUUAUUUCAAAAACCAAUAGAUAGAUAGAUAGAUAGUACUUUAUUGAUUCCUUCAGGAGAGUUCCUUCAGGAAAAUUAAAAUUCCAGCAGCAGUGUACAGAGUUGAGAUCAAUUUAAAGAAAAAAGUAAAUAAUGGGGGUUUAAAAGGAAACAAAAUAGAGAAAUAUUACAUCCAUCAUCUUCCGCUUAUCCGAGGUCGGGUCGUGGGGGCAACAGCCUAAGCAGGGAAACCCAGACUUCCCUCUCCCCAGCCACUUUGUCCAGCUCUUCCCGGGGGAUCCCGAGGCGUUCCCAGGCCAGCCGGGAGACAUAGUCUUCCCAACGUGUCCUGGGUCUUCCCUGUGGCCUCCUACCGGUUGGACGUGCCCUAAACACCUCCCUAGGGAGGCGUUCGGGUGGCAUCCUGACCAGAUGCCCGAACCACCUCAUCUGGCUCCUCUCCAUGUGGAGGAGCAGCGGCUUUACUUUGAGUUCCUCCCGGAUGGCAGAGCUUCUCACCCUAUCUCUAAGGGAGAGACCCAAACUCAUUUGGGCCGCUUGUACCCGUGAUCUUAUCCUUUCGGUCAUGACCCAAAGCUCAUGACCAUAGGUGAGGAUGGGAACGUAGAUCGCCCGGUAAAUUGAGAGCUUUGCCUUCCGGCUCAGCUCCUUCUUCACCACAACGGAUCGGUACAACGUCCGCAUUACUGAAGAAAUAUUACAAAAAGAAUAAAAACAAUGGGAAUAACAAUAUAACAGUAAAAUAAGAAUAUAACAAGACAAAGUAGGCAAUAGUGACCAUGUUAUGAAAAAUACAAUAUAUGUGUAAAAAUAUACAUCUAGGCCUCCACUCAGGCUUGAUCACAGGGACCCCAAAGGAUUUUGUUCAAAAAAAUAUAUAAUAUGUGGCAUUAUAUUGUAUUAUUGUUAUUCAAGGUUUAAAUCUCUAGAUCAACAUUAGGUCUAUCUGUCAAUAUAACGUUUUUAAAGACUUAAGUUGUAUGCCCUUUUUGUCAAAGAAAACCCUGUUUUGUUAUGGAGGGGAAAAAAAAACACAAAAUAUUAAAUUAGUUUCUCCCAAUAGAAUUUUAAAGUGGAAUAUUUGAGAUUAUAAAACAUGGGUCGGCAACCACUCUGAUGUGGCUCAGCUGCAUAUGUUUCGGGAUUUUGGUACCUCUCCCGGACAUCACCCGGGGUUAACAUUCUCCGAUUUUCACUCGGACUACAAAAUUGAGGGCGUGCCGUGAUGGCUUUACUUUUAACGUCCUCUACAACUGUGGUUCUCAAAUGGGGGUACGCGUACCCCUAGGGCAGGGGUAGGGAACCUAUGGCUCGGGAGCCAGAUGUGGCUCUUUUGAUGACUGCAUCUGGCUCUCGGAUGAAUCUGAGCUGACAUUGCUUAACACGAUAAGUAAUGAAUAAUUCCACUUGUAAUCAAAGUGAUAAAAAUAACGUUCAAAAUAUAAAACAUGCUCAUGCAUUUGAAUCCAUCCAUCCUUUUUUCUACCGCACUUGUUCAAGAAGUUGCAUUAAGGGUAAGAAGUGAUUUAUUUAUUAUUGGUUAGUUUAGGGCUUGCCCUCCCGGGGGUUCUUCAGACCACUAAGCACUGACAUGAGAGCCUGUUUCAAUGUUGCAAUAUUUUUUAUUUUUCAAUAAGUCUCUCCGUUGCUUUCCAGCAAUUGUCUUUUUCUCUUUCGUUCUCGCUCGCACUCUGGCUCCAGCCCCAACCCUGUCUCUCCUCCUGGCUGCUGCUUAUAACAGGGUGACAGGUGAUUAGAUAACAAGGCAAAGGUGGGCCGUCUACGCACCUGUUGCUGAUUUCGAGGCCGGUCCUGGCACACCCCGCUUCGCUGCAGGCCCGCUGGCCACGCCCCCUCCACAGUUAGCUUCAGAAUAACAAUGUUAUUACAAAGAAUAAGAGACUUACUAUAAGGUAAAAAUUGGUCUCACUUAAAAAUGCACGCGUUAAGUUGUGUUCAAUGUCGAAAAAAUAUUAUAUGGCUCUUGCGGAAAUACAUUUUAAAAUAUUUGGAUUCUUGGCUCUUUCAGCCAAAAAGGUUCCCGACCCCUGUGUUAGGGGUACUUGAAGGUAUGCCAAGGGGUACGUGAGAUUUUUUUUAAGUAUUCUAAAAAUAGCAACAAUUAAAAAAUCCUUUACAAAUAUAUUUAUUGAAUAAUACUUCAACAAAAUAUGAAUGUAAGUUCAUCAACUGUGAAAAGAAAUGCAACAAUGCAAUAUUCAGUGUUGACAGCUAGAUUUUUUGUGGACAUGUUCCAUAAAUAUUGAUGUUAAAAGGUCUUUUUUUGUGAAGAAAUGUUUAGAAUGAAGUUGAUGGAUCUCUAUUACAAUCCCCAAAGAGGACACUUUAAAGGGGAACAUUAUCACAAUUUCAAAAAGGUUAAAAAACAAAAACAAAAUCAGUUCCCAGUGGCUUGUUUUAUUUUUUGAAGUUUUUUUCAAAAUUUUACACCUCCCGGAAUAUCCCUAAAAAAAGCUUUAAAGUUCUUGAUUUUCCCUAUUUGCGAUGCAACUGUCCAUUUCCCUGUGAGGUCAUACAGGGCUGCCAAUACAAACAACAUGGCGGUUACCACAGCAAGAUAUAGCGACGUUAGCUCGGAUUCAGACUCGGAUUUCAGCGGCUUAAGCGAUUCAACAGAUUACGCAUGUAUUGAAACAGAUGGUCGGAGUAUGGAGGCAGAUAGCGGAAAUAAAAUUGAAGAAGAAAUUGAAGCUAUUGAGCGAGUAGCUAUUGACGCUAUUCGGCCAUAGCGUGGGUGUACCUAAUGAAGUGGCCCAUUGCACGGCUGCCUUAUUAGCAUCGCCGGUAAAAUGUGCGGACCAAACGAUCAGGACUUUCACAUCUUGUGACACUGGAGCAACUUAAAUCCGUCGAUUGGUAAGUGUUUGUUUCACAUUAAAUGUGGGUAUCUAGUUUCAAAUGUACAUACAGCUAGCGUAAAUAGCAUGUUAGCAUCGAUUAGUGUUGCAUGUUAGCAUCGAUUAGCUGGCAGUCAUGCUGCGACCAAAUAUGUCUGAUUAGCACAUAAGUCAACAACAUCAACAAAACUCACCUUUGUGAUUUUGUUGACUUAAUGGUUGCAAAUGCAUCUGCAGGUUAUCCAUACAUCUCUGUGCCAUGUCUGUCUUAGCAUCGCCGGUCAAAUGUGGAGACACUCUGGUACAUUCAACGGGGGUCUGGCGGCAGAUUUCUUGCCAGUGGUGCAACUUGAAUCCCUCCCUGUUAGUGUUGUUACACCCUCCGACAACACACCGACGAGGCAUGAUGUCUCCAAGGUUCCAAAAAAUUGUCGAAAAAACGGAAAAUAACAGCGCUGAGACCCGGUGUUUGUAAUGUGAAAAUGAAUAUGGCGGGUGUGUUAUCUCGGUGAUGUCACAGUCUGACGUCAUCGCUAAAAGAGCGAUAAACAGAAAGGCGUUUAAUUUGCCAAAAUUCACCCAUUUAGAGUUCGGAAAUCGGUUGAAAAAAUAAAUGGUCUUUUUUCUGCAACAUCAAGGUAUAUAUUGAUGCUUGCAUAGGUUUGGUGAUAAUGUUCCCCUUUAAAGGGGAACAUUAUCACCAAACCAUGCCUUGACCAAAUAUGUCUGAUUAGCACAUAAGUCAACAACAUCAACGAAACUCACCUUUGUGAUUUAGUUGACUUAAUGGUUGCAAAUGCAUCUGCAGGUUAUCCAUACAUCUCUGUGCCAUGUCUGUCUUAGCAUCGCCGGUCAAAUGUGAAGACACUCUGGCACAUUCAAUGGGGGUCUGGCGGCAGAUUUCUUGCCAGUGGUGCAACUUGAAUCCCUCCCUGUUAGUGUUGUUACACCCUCCGACAACACACCCACCAGGCAUGAUGUCUCCAAGGUUCCAAAAAAUAGUCGAAAAAACGGAAAAUAACAGAGCUGAGACCCGGUGUUUGUAAUGUGAAAAUGAAAAUGGCGGGUGUGUUACCUCGGUGACGUCACAUUCUGACGUCAUCGCUAAAAGACCGAUAAACAGAAAGGCGUUUAAUUUGCCUACAUUCACCCAUUUAGAGUUCGGAAAUCGGUUAAAAAAAUAAAUGGUCUUUUUUCUGCACCAUCAAGGUAUAUAUUGACGCUUGCAUAGGUCUGCUGAUAAUGGUCCCCGGGCCUUAAUUUGCCCAGGUCUGCUUUAGGCAAUAUGUACCGUACUGAAAUGGUCCCCAACCACCGGGCUCGAUUGGUACCGGGCCACAAAAUAAUUUUUAGUAAUUUUUAUAUAUAAUAUAUAUAUAUAUAUGUUUUUUUAUUAAUUAAAUCAACAUAAAAAACACAAGAUACACUUACAAUUAGUGCACCAACCCAAAAAACCUCCCUUUUUCAUGUAAAAAAAAACAAAAAAAACACCGGGCCGCCAGACAAAUGAUCAAGCGUUGACCGGUCCGCAGCUACAACAAGGUUGGGGACCACUGCCGUACUGGACUGUGUGGUUUAUUUCCAGUCUUAUUCCCAAGUUUUGCCAUAACUUAGAUACAAUUAUGCUGACAGUUAAAGCCGCACAUUUUUCUGCAUUUUUACUUCCUGUGAAUGUAACGGCCAAAUACCUUUCUUCAUAUGUUGCUUUCAAAGGUGAAGCAGUUAUAAAGUUGUGCAUACUAUCAUCAUGCUACCAUGCUUACUAAAACAGCGAGUCUUUAAAGCAUGUAUCGCCACACAAACAUGCGUUGUUUGUGCUUUCUUUUAGUUUUUAUGUCAAUACAUUGCAUUUUUACAAAAGUC